UGGAGCCGCUGCCGCGGAGCGGAGCGUCCCGGCCGUGCCAUGGGACUGUGGUGACCGCCCGGCCCCGCCGCCCGCCCGCGCCCCGGCCAUGGCCCCCAUGGGCAUCCGCCUCUCGCCGCUCGGCAUGGCCGUGUUCUGCCUGCUGGGGCUGGGCGUCCUCUACCACCUCUACUCCGGCUUCCUGGCCGGCCGCUUCGCCUUCUUCAUGCUGAGCGAGCCGGCGGCCGGCGGGCCCGAGACGCCGCACGGCUCAGCGCCCGGCGGCGCCGUGGACCUGCGGGAGCUGCUGGCCGUGUCCGUGCUGGCCGCCGUCAGGGGCGGCGAGGAGGUGAAGCGGGUCCGCGAGGGGAACGUCCUCAACGCCAAGGCGAAGGGGAAGACGCGGGAGGGGGCCGAGGAGCAGCUGACCACCGGCGACCUCCUGUCGAACCGCAGGAUGUUCUACCUGCUGAAGGGCGCCUUCCCCGCCGUGCAGAUAAAUUCUGAGGAGCGUGUUGAUACAGCUGAUCAGGAGACAGUCUCCUGGGAUCACAGUAUUCCUGAAGACAUAAAGCAAAAAAUACAGCCUAAAGAGGUGCCAGCAGAAAGUGUCACUGUUUGGAUCGAUCCAUUAGAUGCUACACAAGAAUACACAGAGGAUCUUCGACAGUAUGUCACGACAAUGGUUUGUGUGGCUGUAAAUGGUAAACCAGUAAUAGGUGUGAUCCACAAGCCCUUCUCAUCAUACACAGCUUGGGCAAUGGUGGAUGGUGGGUCAAAUGUAAAAGCUCGUUCCUCCUACAACGAGAAGACUCCCAGGAUUAUUGUGUCCCGCUCCCAUGCAGGAAAAGUUGAGCAGGUUGCACGGCAGACAUUUGGAAAUAAAACUGUGAUAAUCCCCGCUGGUGGAGCAGGCUAUAAAGUAUUGGCCCUCCUUGACGUGCCUGAAAAGAAUCAAGAAGAAGCUGACGUGUAUAUCCAUGUCACCUACAUUAAGAAGUGGGACAUAUGUGCUGGAAAUGCAGUGUUGAGAGCGUUGGGUGGCCAUAUGACUACCCUGACUGGUGAAGAAAUUAGUUACACUGGCUCAGAUGGCAAUGAAGGAGGACUUAUAGCCAGUAUCAACAUGAACCAUAAAGCACUAAUUGAAAAACUUCCAGAUCUGGAAAAAACGUCACACAAAUAAGCAUGACUGGUGGAGAAGUACAAGUUGUGCUUUUGUAGCCUCCAGAUGGCUCUGUCUGAAGAAGCAGGUGUGAAAACCUGCUGGGAAAGAUGCACAGCAAAGCAAAGCAGUUUGGUGUGGGUUUGGGGACUAUAUCUUGCAUUGGGUUUUGUCAGUGGUGGUAUUUAAAAAGAAUAAAAUAAUAAUAAUCAGAAGUAGGAAGGGGACAGUGGUCUCACACAUCAGUUUCCAUGGGUUUUUUUUUCAGACUGUUUUCAUGCAGUUCUUAUACUCAAGGUGCAUUUACCAUAUAUAUUGGUGAACAUAGGUGAACUGAAGAAAAAUCCAAUUUUUUUGUAAAAUAACCUAAAUAUUUGUCACAGGAAUUUGUUGAAACCUUUUACAUCUUAUUGUAGUUUUAGUGAUUCCAUAAUAAAUUAGGUAGGAAAAAAAGCUUGAUUUUUAUAGGCAUCUGACAACUGUAAAGGGUUUAUCAGGAAUCAUGACCUCAUAUUUUGUAUCCCCUGAAUGGAAAGCACAAGAGGGUUGAUUCAAAUCUAUAUGCAGCAACAGUGUGGCACUCUCUGCUUUUUAAGAGAAAAAAGGAAAUGUGUUUUGACUUCUUUCCUGAAGAUGUAAACCAGUUUUAGUUCAGGUGGGUUGUGAAUAUCAGUGUUUUAAUCAGUGUAAUUAUUUCCUUAUACCUUUUUAAAAGAAGGCAGCAUUUCCUUGUAUAGUUUUUAGCAGUUACUUCUUGUCCUUGAUUUCUGCAAGCAGUGUUGAAGAUGCAUGCUAGAUUUUUCUCUAAUGUAGGGCUUGUUCAUCAUGUGAUGUUUGUGCCUAUAGAAGCAGCCUCUUCCUUCAGUACCUCUUAUUUUUGUUUGGGGUUUCUUUCCAUUGGACAGAGUCAUAGGGGAUGAGUUUUACAGAAAUUGUAGGUUGACUGCUUAUUUCCAAUUCCAACACAAGAUAUAAACCAGCACUUUUUCUACAACUUCAGGAAUAGCUUUGUCUUUUUAGCUUGCAGCACACUUUCCUGCAGAAAGCUCUUCAGCCAUUCCAAACAGCUUGUGCUUAUUUGGUUUGUGGUAAUUUACAGAGAGAGGAGAGACCAUUUGAAGUUGAAUCUGCUUAAACAAGUUUGAAGAACAUGUGCAUGUGAAGGACAACAGGGUCUGCAAAACUUCAUUGAAAAAUGUUCUUUGCAAUCCAGUACAUACAGGACAGAACAUAGGUCAUUUGAUAUCAAAAUGACAAUUUGUUGUACCUCUAAAAGUCGUGGACUUCUAUCUCCAAACAUGUAACCAUCUGCACUGUUGUUCUCUGCAUCCCCGUGAAAGGUUUCAGAAGGUUAAAAUACAUGUGUUAUUUGAAUUAUCAGAAAAUAAGCUGCCCAUCUCUCCUCAAAAAUGGCAAAAUACUUAGUUAAUAUAGAUGGUUUCUGUUUAAAGUUUGUUCAGCAAAGGCUUAGGCUGCUUGAUCCAAACUCUUAAUUCUUUAAUUUUAACUUCUUUCGUAUUGUUAAUGAGAACUGCUGUUCUGAUUAAAAAGAGUCUUUUCUCCUUAGGUCAGUAGUGGAGAAUGUUUAGAUACUGCUUUCAACUUCUAGCUGAAGUUCACAUUUCCAAAAGACCUCCCAGAUGUUGCAUAAUGACAGAUACAGACUUUUAUUCCUUAAACUUACUGGCAAAGAAGAUUGAAGCUUAGUCCUAUGAGCCUUUUGGUAAAGGUAGAUUUUGGAGAACAUCUUUUCCAGCACAGACACUAUUGCUGCUCUUUGAAAAUAACUUUUGCGCAUGUAGAUAAUACACAAAGCAAUUUUCCUUUCAGUUCUUAAAUUUAAGAAACUGUUAUAUGCUAUGAAAAAUAAGUGAUCAUGCCCUUUUUAAAAAGGAUCUGAUCUAUUUCAAAAAGUUGUUGAGCUUCCAAACUUCAGUGAAGAAUAAAAGAAACAUAUUUAUCAGCAUUUUAACAUUUUACAAGAAGAUUGCAGCUUUUUAAGGCUGAUUUAAAUGUCUUAUAGCCUAAUUUAAUAAAAAAGUCUGUUUAUGUUUUAAAUGUUUAUUUGUUUAAGAGCAAAAAUGGAUGGAUUAAAAUAUGAGAAAUAGCCAGAGUUAGCCUAGUAUAAAAACCUGGUUGUAUCACAGAGAUUGAAUGCACAAUAUUUAAGUAGGCAAUUAACAUCUGUGGCAAGUUGGGGUUUUAGAAUCGGUUUGAAAUCUUAUGUAAACAUGCUUCCUAAAAAUGGGACUUCUUUUAUACUGAGGAAUGCUUCUAUGCUUCCUUGUAUAAGCUGUGAUCGGAGUUCCUGUAUGGGAAAUGAAAAAUGUUAUGUAAUAUACAAGGGCUUACUUGUGUCUUAGUUGAAGGCAUAGAGCAGUGAACAAAAGUAUUUGCCUAAGUUAUUUUUUCUUAGGAAAACAAAGUACCUUAGGAGAGGCCCUCCUUUCCUUCCUCCCACAUUCUGGCUAAAAUGCCUAGCCUUCCAUUAGGAAGACUUGUGGUUGUUUAGACGUAUUAAUAUCCUAAAUUGCUUUGUUGUAAUGGAUCACAGUGUUCAGUACCUUUCACAGGGGACCAUUAUUGGCCUAAUCUCACUCCUGGUGAAAUUGAGGAAGAGGUGGGAGUAUGGUGCCCAGUUAAUUACUUGUAGUAGAGCUGCUUUCCUACAUUUGAGAGCUAAGGCAGUGCUUGUGGUCUCCCAGUGUAAUUUAAAGAGUAGCUGCUUUGGUGUGAGAAUAGGUGAGCAGCUGGUGAAUAUGAGUUUCAGAUGUUAUUUUGCAAUAAAUGUAACACUUAUGCAGACCAGCAAGUAUUCACAAGUGCUUGCUUAGUGCAUGCAUCCCAGUGCACUUUGUUUGUAUAGUGUUAACACUGUGUCUCUUCUUUGUCUGUGUUUACACUCCAUUCUGAAACAUUCUGCUUAAAUUCUCGCUUGAAUAUUUGUUUGGUCUCAUCAGUGUGGGUGUGACUUAACCUUAUGCCCAGAGGCUAGGAAAUCAUACCAUACCCACAUCUCACUGUUGGGCUACAACAGUGUUCUUUACAUUUUAGCCUUUUCCACAUGAAGCUGUCACACAGCAUUUUUAGGGAUGCUACUUAAAACAAUUGCAUGUUGUAGGUGGGUCCUACAAAAUUAUCUAUUUUUUAAAAAGCUUAACUAAAAAAAUCAUAAUAGCAUUCUAGCUCCAAAUAAAGGAAGUAAGAGAAUGUAUUAUUUUAGCAUUGGUUUUCCAAUGGUGGAUAUUUUGAGUGGCUAUUAUAAUUAAGGUGGUUACAAAUGAAAUUAUUCUAAAGCUGUAUGUAUUUUCUCUUUUUCAUUCUUCCAAAAAGGGUGUAUGAUAGCAUAGAUAAUACCUGGUAUUGUACCAAGAGUCCUAGCUUUCAUUCCUUGAAUGAAUGUUUUCUAAAUAAAUGGACACAGAAAUAAAUGGGUUGGAUAUUGUAUUUAACUGUUUUUGAGAUUAACCUGUUUGUCAGACUUUUACAGAUGGAUUUAAGAGCUGUUUGUUCUGAUCUACAGAGUACGUAAUGAUAAUGAAAAUACUUAGUAGAUAUGGCAUACUUGAAGAGUGAGUUAACCAUACAGGUGAAGCUGCAAAGUGAUCUAGUGAUAUUGUUCCAUACAUUUACUUCAUGGUUGUUACAGGGAACAGAUUUUCUAAUUGGCUUCAGGUGUGAGGAAAGUUUUGGUUUUCUUUUUUAAAUGGCCAAUGGCUGGAGACCAGAGGUGGGAAGUCAGUACUGGGGUUCAUCUCUGCUUUUUUGUUUAUAAAUGAGUGUAUUCCAAUGUCUUUGUAGCAUCCUGUUAUCUGUUUGGGUUGUACAACAGUAGUGCAGUAUUGUAUACUCCUGAUUUAAUGUCUAAAACAAGGAGUCCACAUCUCCCAAGAAUUGUGCAGUGAGAAGUGACCAGUUGUUCUGGGCUUCUGCUGUGUUAUGCCAGCAAAGAAUGGGUGCUUCAUUGUCUCCUGGAUGUCAUUCCAAUAGCAGUUUCUCUCACAGAAAACUGCUUUUCUGAGCUACUGUCUCCCCAUUAUGCCAAAUCUCUUUGUAGAUCUGUUUUCUGAAGUGAACAAGCAGUGGAAAGAAGGAGAUGGCUGUGCAACAGAGGACAAUUAUUUUUGUUUCUUUGUUUUUAAAUUGCAGUAAUUGUUUAAUGUCUCUUGUCUUUCAGGGGUUAGAUAAUGGUACGGAUAAGAUUCAAUGGACCACAAAUAAAUGCCUGUGGGAUUUUAAGCCUAAACAGGAGGAGGGCAGGAAGGACUGCCUCUAACCAAGGCUAACCUGAAUGAUGGUUUUCAAUCAGGGCACUCAUGCUGAGCCCUUCUUCCAUGCUUUAGUGAUAGUUGAUGUGGAUAAGAAAAAUGAGAGAUCAGAGAUUAAGACAGUCCCAGAGUGAGAGGACCCCAGCAGUCAACUGUCCAGUUGCUGAAGCUGGUAAUGUUUGGGUCUAAGGUAGUGACUGAUUCUACCAGAAGUGCAGUAGUUGCCAAUGAAAUAAUGGGAAUGAAGAGAGGUUCAUGCAAUUAGGGGUACUGAACAUACCGAAAAGAUGCAGAUGGACUAAGGGUUAAACACCCAAAAAGAAGGAGAAAAUGUUUUUUCAUUAUAAUGUUCUAAGCAUUUGGCAUCUGUGGCCCCCCUGGGUACAGAGCUUCAUUGCUUAUGGAAGAGGCUGCAGCGGCCCUCUGUGAAAGGCAUGAUUUUGUUGAACUCAAUAGCAGUAUUACCACUGUGAGCAGCACCAAGCCAGAUGAAAUAGGAACAGUAAAUUAAGCUAAAUUCUGAAAAGCUCAACCUCUGUCAAUAGAGCAAACAACCUGGGUUGUGUUAAAGUUGCCUCUUAACAGCUUCAGUCUACAUUUGGAGAUGUCAUCCUUGUGUCUAAAGUUCUAAGUCUUUCAGGUUUUUUUAUGGUCUACAGCUGAUAGAGCCCACUUUCAGGUAACAUUGUUUUCUACCCCAGUUGUUCCUUAUUUGCAAUUAAUAUUUCAUUUUUUCUCUCCAAAGGAUCAGCAACACUCCAGCAUUUUUACUGUUGUCCCACCAAAUUCUAUUAGCAUUUUCCAAUUGUGUGCCAAUUUGAAAAAACAAUUCUAUAAAUAAAUUCUCUAAAAAUACUGGUCUGUGAGGGUGAUUUUCUGUAUUUUGUCUUGCUAGGGGGUAUUCACUCAUUCUUUGUGCUCCAGAUUUUUUUUCCAGUAAUGCAUGUCAUGUUGCUUCAGUUGUGCUGUAUCUAUUAUGUGUAUGAGACUUCCUGUCUGAAGAGUUACUGGUAAGUACAGCCAAGUUUAUGAUAAAUAUAAUUCAAGAUCUCCACUGUUUUUGUUUUCAUACCUGUGUUGCUGUGAAAUCUGGUGAGUUUGUGAAAGUGAGUGUUUAGAAAUCACCCAGAUAGUAGUGUUCUUUGGAUCUAAAGAAGUUUUCUUUCCAACAUCAUUUCCACAUCUCUUCCUAAUUAUGUUACACUGUUCUGCUCAAAUCUGUUUCCAUGAGAAUAGUAAUAGCAGGGUAGUAACUGUACCAUUAUUAGCCCUUACUCUAUUCAUGUCCCACUCUUCGUAAGUGAAACCAUGGAGCAAGUUGAAAGAUCUUUUAUGUCCCACAUCAUUAUGGCAUUUCUAGCAGUUCUUGGAUGCAGCUUCAAAUUUGUUUCUCACCAUUCUCACCCUUACCAGUAUGUGCAAGACUGGGUGUCCAAAGCAAUUGUCUGUCAUCCUGAACUUAGGCAACAUAUGCCACAGAGUUGUACAGAGAUGUUUGGAAAACCCUAGAUCAUGUGUGAUCUAACAAGAUAAGGAAUUUGGAGUCUGUUGCAAUGCUCCAAAAUGCAUCUCUGGAGAAGAUGCAACCCAGAGGAGGAGGGAUUCUUCCCAUCUUGCAAAGCCACUAAGUGCAUGUCUGUGCAAGUGGUACAUGGCUUGUAAACAGCUGUAUCCUUUGGGAAGCCUGAAGGGUCCAAAUAGAGGUGGAUGUGUGCUCUUUGCUGUCAGCCAUUUACACAAGGCUCUCAAACAUACCUUUCUCACACCUGAUCUAUCCUGUCCUGCUGCAGGGCCAGCAUUUUGCAGGUUUCAUUAUUUAAAGCAGUAUGAAAGGUAAUAUAUAAUGCUGUAGAAAAACUGUGCAGCCCAUGGUGGCAUCCUGCUUCUCAACAACAUAAACCAAAUCUAUGUCUCCCAUUUGUCAGUUGGGUCAGCAUCUUGCAUAUUUUGUGUUCCACAACUUCUUGGUUUUGUUUAUUCUUUUCAGACAAUCAUGCUGUCCAUAUUUGAUUCAUAAAUGUAAACUGUUUGUUAAAAAUGCAAUAUGUUUAGUUUAUGCUGUGCA